CAGCCUGUGGGGCAUGAAUCAGCCUCCCGGGCUCUGCACAGGCACGCUCCGCCCCGUCCGGGGUCGGGAGGACACUCACCCUACAUAAAGCAGGCACCCACCACAUCGGCACCCAGGCUGCCUGGAGGCUGGACUCCGUGCACCCUCUUCCUGCCGGCACAUUCAAGGAACGCCUCGCCCCGAGGGCCACUCAAACCAGACAGCAUGGACUCUACUUGCCCCCUCGGGCUGUUGCUUCUGCCGUUGCUCCUGAUCGGGACCGCGCUGGGCAACGGUGCUCAGGAGGCGCCAGGCUCCCCUGCUCCUCCAAAAGGAAACAAGGCAGAGAUCUGCCUCCUGUCCCCCGACGUGGGGCCGUGCCGGGCCCGGAUCCCCAGUAACUACUACGACAGGUACACGCAGAGCUGCCGCAUGUUCUUCUACGGGGGCUGCCAGGGCAACGCCAACAAUUUCGAAACUUUGGAGGACUGCAAUGAAGCUUGCUGGAGGAUAGAGAAAGUUCCCAAAAUUUGCAGGUUGGAAGUCAGUGAGGGGCAGUGUGGAGCGCGCACAGGACAGUAUUUCUUCAAUCUAAGUUCCAUGACAUGUGAAAAAUUCGUAUCUGGCGGGUGUCACAGCAGUAAGAACAGGUUCCCGGACAAGGAUACUUGUAUGGGCUUCUGUGCACCAAAGAAAAUUCCGUCAUAUUGUCACAGUCCAAAAGAUGGGGGACUAUGCUCUGCUAAUGUGACUCGCUAUUAUUUUAAUCCAAGACACAAAGCCUGUGAGACCUUCACCUAUACUGGUUGUGGAGGGAAUGACAAUAACUUUGUUAACAUGGAGGACUGCACACAUGCUUGUAUGAAAGCGGUGAGGAAGCAAAAGAAUAAGAAGAUGCCAAAGAUUGUCUUUGCUCAUAGAAGGGUGAAAACUUGGAAGAAGUAAUUUUAACCUUUUUCCCUAUAUGUCAUCUCGUGGAGCUAUUGCCUCUAUGGUUAUAUCUGAAGAAUAAUACGGUGAUAUGGGGAAAUGAAUCAUGAAUGAUUUAUACACCAGUUUUUAUUGCUACAAGUUACUUUUUUGUGUAUUUUUACACAUAACUAGCUGCUAUUCAA